GAUCUCCUUAAAGACAGGAAGGAUGCAUGCUUCCCAGCUAAAACAGCAGACGGAGUACAAAGAGAAGAGUACUUAGAAAAACAGCUGGGACUUCCCAUACUGCCUUUAUUUGGAAAGAUACAAAGACUUCUGCUUCCCAUAAGGGGUUGCAGCUAGAAGACCAUAAAUCUAGCAAUGGAACCCUUAUAUGAAGAAUACCUAGCAAAUCAUGGAACAAUAGUAAAACCUUAUUACUGGCUAAGCUUCUCUCUAGAUUGUUCGAACUGUCCUUACCAUAUUCGGACAGGUGAAGAAGCAAGAGUUCCCUAUACAGAAUUUCAUCAGAUUUUUGGAUUCCCUUAUGGGCCAGUGUAUCCUCAAACAAAGCACCUCACGUUUUAUGAGCUAAAAACUUCUUCUGGAAGCCUGGUGCAAAAGGGCCACGCUAGCAGUUGCACUGAGAACAAUACCCAUCCAGAAUCGAUGCUAUUCGAGAUGAACGGUUACUUUCAGGCAGCCCGACACAAAAACAAUGCUAUCAGGCACAUCAUUCUGUAUUCCAACAACUCUCCUUGUAAUGAAGCCAACCACUGCUGCAUCAGCAAAAUGUACAAUUUCUUAAUAAUGUAUCCAGACGUUACUCUCAGCAUUUACUUUGCUCAGCUCUAUCAUACUGAGGCCAAAUUUCCUGCCUCGGCGUGGAACCGGGAAGCUCUCCGGAGCCUGGCCAGUUUAUGGCCACAGGUCACCUUGAGCCCAAUAAGUGGUGGAAUUUGGCAUUCUCUCCUCAACAGCUUUGUAAGCGGUGUCUCAGGACCCACUGUUUUCCAGCCCAUUUUAACUGGGAGAGCACUGGCUGAUAGGCACAAUGCUUACGAAAUCAACAGGAUAACGGGAGUGAAACCUUAUUUCACUGAUGUUCUUCCCCAGACAAAAGAGAAUCGGAACAUAAAAGCUCAGGUGGCUUUAGAGAGCUACCCCUUCAACAAGGUCUUUCCUGGGCAGUAUUUUCAAGUGACACGUGGACAACUGCAACCCAAUCUGACCCCAGACCUCAGAGUUCCCGUCGUUUUUGUGUUGGUGCCUUUCAGAGACCUACCACCAAUCCAUGUGCGUCAAAACGCACACAAACCCAGGAUUAUUGUGAGGCACUUAAAUAUGCCUCAAAUGUCAUUCCCGGACACCAAGGACCCCAGAAGGCCUCCCAUGGGAAUGUCAGUGGAAAGAGUGGAAAUCACGGAGCAGGUUGCAAGUACCAAAGAAGCAGAUGAAAAGAAGAAAGGGAAAAAAUAAAAUCUAUAUUUCUACAACGUGAGACCAAACAACUAUGAGAGGACAAAUUCAAUAGCAAAGAAAAAUCUAGAGACUUUCUCUCUUGGGUCUGAUCCAAGAUGGGAGAUGAAUUGAUACACUAAAAGCAAAACCUGAAAUAUUUGCUAUCUCAACUGCUAUAAAGCUACCCAACUUUUACCAGAAUCCAAGAUGUUUUCAUAAGCAACUUGACCUCUCUCCUUUAUUUUGAAAGCGACAGUAUCAAAAUGGAGCCAUUAGUACCUUAUUAAUACUUUGGUGUGGAAAAGAAAACGUCAUUAUUCUAGUCUACCCACACCAUCUUUCCACCGAAAAAGGCUAUGGACUAAACAGCUUCCUAAAUUGGUUUUAGUAUAAAAAUUUACUGUAAAAUUGGAAAACAGCCUUAAGUUACUGACAUUAAGUGCUGUCUGCAAAAGCAAACCAGUGAUUUUCCAUUAAUUGUUAAUCAUGAACAGAAGACUUUAGGCAGCCUAUUUUUUUCCUAAAGUGGU